AUGCAGCUGUGGCAGGAGCUUGAAGAGGCAUACUCCUCUGUGUCACCAGCGGCGGAGGAGCGCGCGGCCCGGCUGGAGGCGGCGCUCAAGGCCCAGCAGUUCCUGCAUGACGCAGCGGAAGUCGACUCCUGUCUGGCUGACGAGGCCGCCGCACUGGCUUCCGGUGCUCCAGGAGGAAGUAACUCCCAGCAGAUAGCGCUGAGACAGCAGGCGCUCAGUGAGGCGUGGCGGUCACUGCGAGGUGCUGCAGACCUUAGGAGGAAACUCUCCGUGACGUCAUCUCGUGGUCGUCAUCCCUCCGCAGCGAGAUGUCAUCCCCAGCUGCCGCAGGCUCAGCAGCAGCUGAGGGCGGAGAAAGAGGCGCGCGACGACUGGUUCAAGGACGUACUGGCCAGGGGGCAGAGGUUACUGGAUGAGGAACGUCCCAGCUCAGCGGAGAUCGAAGAGCGUUGCCGCGCGGCAGGUGGCGUUGGAGCAGCUGAUCGACUGGCGCUGCUUCCUGAGAGACGAUAA